AUGCAUAGUCCGUCCAGACCACCCAAUCUGUCCGAUGGCUCGCCCGAAGUAACAGCGACAGAGGGAGAGGACCCGCCGCCCGCCGGGGCUGUUCCGACCUCAGCGCCACAAACGCUCGGCUCAAACUACGCCCUGCACGAGCGGGGCUUCGCGCGAACAGGCGUCGCGGGAGGGGAGCCAGACUCGCCGUCCUGCUCCAGAAACCCGGCCGCGUUCGGCGUGUUCCGGAACGGGCCGCUGUCCUCCCUCCUGAGGCGCAGCUCCAGCGGGUAUUUCUCCUACGACAGCGGAUCGCUGCCCAGCUCCCCGCUCUCCCCGAAGCCUGCGACGGCCAACAAAGCCACGCAGACUCCGAGCCCCGCCAGCCAGGUGCUGAACCACGCCCUGCAGCGAAUGGCUGAGGAGCUGAGACCUCUGGGCUUCCACCGGGAAUCAGCAGCGCCGUGUUCAUUCCCUCGUAGAAGGCGCGCCCGACCCUCAUCAGGGGGUUUGCCCAUGGCAGAGGUCAUGCCCAUCGCAUUUGGACAACAACUCCGGGCAAUUGGGGACGACUACAACCAACUUCUAAUGCAAAGGAGGGCAGUCAGACAAAGGCAAGACGGGCUCCCUUUCAACCUCCUGCACCACAUCCGCCCGGGGCCCAUCGCCAUUUUGUGUGUGGGCCUGCUAGUCAUCGUGAUGGGACGCAUCAUGUACUCACAGGGCAGUACCAACAGCCUGGACCACUCUCACGUUUAG